UUUAUCCUCCUCUCCGUCAAUCUAGCAAAACCCCUUCUCUCUCUCUCUCUCUCUUCACACUUCCUCUUUCUUCACUCUCCCCGCUCUCUGCAGAUCCGAUCCUCGGUGCGCCAGAUCACUGCCUACAAUAUCCCCAAAUUACCCCUAUCGUCGCCGCCGCCAUGGAGGAGGCCCUGGAGUUGGCGCGUGCGAAGGACACCAAGGAGCGGAUGGCUGGCGUCGAGCGUCUCCACCAGCUCCUCGAAGCUUCUAGAAAGAGUCUAACUCCAUCGGAGGUGACGUCACUGGUCGACGUUUGCUUAGAUCUCUUGAAGGACAACAACUUCCGAGUGUCGCAGGGCGCGUUGCAGGCACUCGCCUCCGCUGCGGUGCUCGCCGGCGAGCAUUUGAAGCUACACUUCAAUGCUCUUGUCCCCGCGGUGGUUGAGAGAUUGGGUGAUGCAAAGCAACCGGUUAGGGAUGCGGCUAGAAGACUGUUGCUUACUCUCAUGGAGGUUUCUUCACCAACAAUCAUUGUUGAAAGAGCAGGAUCUUAUGCUUGGACACACAAAAGCUGGAGAGUUCGAGAAGAGUUUGCUCGUACAGUCACGUCAGCUAUAGGUUUAUUUGCAUCUACAGAACUACCUCUUCAACGUGCCAUUCUUCCACCCAUUUUGCAGAUGUCGAAUGAUCCAAAUCCUGGUGUGAGGGAUGCAGCUUCUUCGUGUAUAGAGGAGAUGUAUACUCAGGCUGGGCCUCAGUUCCUCGAGGAACUGCACCGACAUCAUCUACCUACAUCAAUGUUAAAAGAUAUUAAUGCCAGAUUAGAAAAAAUUGAGCCAAAGGUUCACUCUUCAGAUGCUAUUGUGAGCAAUUACUCAUCUAGUGAGACCAAGCCCACAAUGCAUAAUCCAAAGAAAAGUAGCCCCAAAGCAAAAAGCUCAACGCGUGAGGUUUCUCUCUUUGGAGCAGAUGGUGAUAUUACAGAAAAGCCUGUUGAACCAAUCAAAGUGUAUUCAGAAAAAGAGCUUAUAAGGGAGUUUGAGAAGAUUGCCUCCACCCUUGUGCCUGAUAAAGAUUGGUCUGUCCGUAUUGCAGCCAUGCAGAGAGUUGAAGCCCUUGUUCUUGGAGGUGCAACUGACUACCCCUGUUUCCGUGGACUUCUUAAGCAACUGAUUGGUCCAUUGAGCACACAACUCUCUGAUCGGCGAUCUAGCAUUGUGAAGCAGGCUUGCCAUUUGUUAAGCUUCUUAUCGAAAGAUCUCUUGGGGGAUUUUGAGGCAUGUGCUGAGAUGUUUAUUCCGGUCCUUUUCAAGCUUGUUGUGAUAACAGUGCUUGUAAUUGCAGAAUCUGCGGAUAACUGCAUAAAGACGAUGUUACGCAAUUGUAAAGUUUCCCGAGCGCUUCCUAGAAUUGUUGACUGUGCGAAAAACGACCGCAAUGCUGUGCUCCGAGCAAGGUGUUGCGAAUAUGCACUUCUAAUUCUGGAAUACUGGGCUGAUGCGCCAGAAAUACAACGCUCAGCUGACCUCUAUGAGGACCUUAUUAGAUGUUGUGUGGCGGAUGCAAUGAGUGAGGUUCGAUCCACUGCAAGGACUUGUUAUAGAAUGUUCUCGAAGACCUGGCCUGAUCGCGCUCGACGCUUAUUCUCGUCUUUUGAUCCUGUAGUUCAAAGGGUAAUAAAUGAUGAAGAUGGAGGAAUGCAUAGAAGGCAUGCUUCUCCUUCCAUUCGUGAAAGAAGUUCAAACAUGUCAUUCACCUCUCAGACCUCAGCAGCUUCAAAUAUACCUGGUUAUGGGACGUCUGCUAUUGUUGCAAUGGACAGAAGUGCUAGUUUAACUUCAGGGACAUCUCUUACUUCUGGAUUACUACUGUCACAAGCAAAGACUGCAGGUAAGCCUGCAGAACGUAGUCUGGAGAGUGUGUUGCACUCAAGCAAACAGAAGGUCACUGCCAUAGAAAGUAUGCUGAGGGGUUUGGAUAUAUCUGAGAAGAGCAGAUCCUCCAGUUUGGACCUAGGAGUUGACACGCCAUCAUCUCGUGAUCCACCAUUUCCCCUUGCUGUUCCAGCUUCAAAUAGUCUUGCAAGUUCUUUAGUAGAUUCAGCAGCUGGUAUUUCUAAAGCCAACAAUCGCAAUGGAGGCUUGAUGUUGUCUGAUAUCAUCACACAAAUUCAGGCUUCUAAAGAGGCUGGUAAAUUAUCAUAUCAUAAUAGUGUGGGAAGUGAACUUCUGUCAACACAUUCUUCUUACUCGGCCAAGAGAGCUUCUGAAAAGGUACAUGAUAGAGGAUUUAUUGAAGAAAAUGCUGAUUUAAGGGAGUCAAGGCGACAUAUGAACUCCCACGGUGAUAGGCAAUUCUUAGACACACCAUACAGAGAUGCUAAUUAUAGGGAUUCACAGAAUAACUAUAUACCGAAUUUUCAACGUCCUCUUCUAAGGAAGAAUCCAGCUGGGCGGAUGUCUGCUGGUAGGAGGAGGAGUUUUGAUGACAGUCAGCUCUCACUGGGAGAUGUAUCAAGUUAUUCAGACAGUCCAGCUUCUCUUACCGAUGCUCUAAGUGAGGGGCUCAGUUCUAGUUCAGAUUGGAAUGCACGGGUUGCUGCAUUUAAUUAUAUUCGUUCUCUGCUACAACAAGGCCCAAGAGGCAUUCAAGAAAUUAUGCAGAGUUUUGAAAAAGUCAUGAAGCUGUUUUUCCAGCAUUUGGAUGAUCCCCAUCACAAAGUCGCACAGGCUGCACUUUCAACUCUUGCAGAUCUUAUUCCAGCUUGCAGAAAGCCAUUCGAAAGUUACAUGGAGAGGAUUCUGCCCCACGUUUUUUCUCGUUUGAUAGAUCCAAAGGAAUUAGUUAGGCAACCUUGCUCGACUACAUUGGACAUUGUUGGUAAAACAUAUGGGACUGACUCUCUUCUACCUGCUUUGCUACGUUCAUUGGAUGAGCAGCGUUCUCCCAAAGCAAAAUUGGCUGUUAUUGAGUUUGCUAUAGGUUCAUUUAACAAGCAUGCAUCAAAUUCUGAAGGUUCUGCCAACAGUGGCAUCCUUAAGCUGUGGCUUGCAAAAUUGGCACCACUUGUCCAUGAUAAAAAUACAAAACUGAAAGAAGCAGCUAUAACAUGCAUAAUAUCUGUCUAUACGCAUUUUGACUCCAUUGCAGUAUUGAAUUUUAUUCUUAGCUUAUCCGUUGAAGAACAAAACUCCUUGAGGCGAGCCCUCAAGCAGUAUACUCCUCGCAUAGAAGUAGACUUGAUGAACUUUCUCCAAAGCAAGAAAGAAAGACGUGGUAAGUCAUAUGAUCCAUCUGAUGUGGUUGGAACAUCCUCGGAAGAUGGGUAUAUUGGAGUAUCAAAGAAGGGCCAGCUGUUUGGAAGGUAUUCUUCUGGUUCUGUUGAUAGUGAUGGUGGUAGGAAGUGGAGCUCUCUUCAAGAUGUGUCUUUUACCACAAGUUCUGUUGGUAACCUAAAAUCGGAGGAUACUCACGAGAGUUUGCAUCAUGUGGUGGAGACUAACUCAAACACUGAUGUUUCUACUUCGAAUUACAAAAGCUUGAAAUAUGCACCUAACACCUCCAGUGAUAAUAUUGGAUCGUGGGCAAUAGACACCCGUGCAAACACAGAGGUUUCUUCGACGCCACGUUUGGACAUUAAUGGACUCCGUGGGUCUGAUCAUCUUCAAAAGUCUGCUGACUUUGGGGUUGACAACGAGCCUUCAUCUGAACUGACACUAAAUUAUACUAAACUUCCUGCUUUGAAAAUGAAUACUGCAAUAGAAACAGGACCAAGCAUUCCCCAGAUUCUUCAUUUGAUUUGUAACGGGAAUGAUGAAAGUCCUACAGCAAACAAGCGCAGUGCACUUCAGCAGUUGGUUGAAGUUUCUAUAUCUAAUGAUCACUCUGUUUGGGGCAAGUACUUCAACCAGAUAUUGACGGCUGUACUAGAAGUGCUGGAUGAUCCUGAUUCAUCAAUUCGGGAGCUGGCGCUCACACUGAUUGUUGAAAUGUUGAAGAAUCAGAAGGACUCGAUGGAGGAUUCUGUUGAGAUUGUAAUUGAAAAGCUGCUUCAUGUGACCAAGGACAGCAUUCCAAAAGUGGCCAAUGAGUCAGAGCAUUGCUUAAAUAUAGUAUUGUCUCAAUACGAUCCAUUCCGGUGUCUUAGUGUUAUUGUUCCUCUGCUUGUUACUGAGGAUGAGAGAACUCUUGUUACGUGCAUAAACUGUUUGACCAAGCUUGUUGGAAGGCUCUCCCAAGAGGAACUGAUGGCACAACUUCCCUCAUUUUUGCCUGCUCUUUUUGAUGCAUUUGGGAACCAGAGUGCAGAUGUCCGCAAGACUGUUGUUUUCUGUUUAGUCGACAUCUAUAUCAUGCUGGGGAAAGCAUUUUUGCCAUAUCUGGAGGGGCUUAACAGCACACAACUACGGUUGGUGACAAUUUACGCGAACAGGAUAUCACAGGCAAGGACUGGUACUCCAAUUGAUACCACCCAAUAAUGAGCUGCUUCCGGUAUGGAUGUAAUGUUUGGUCCGGGUUGUUAAUUUUGAUGGUUUCAAUUUUUUUCUGAUGUGUAUGCUUUGUAUAUUUGUGUGAAAUCUUCUAGGGAAGGGUUGAGCUGAUUCUGUAAUUCUUUAUAUAAAGUUUGUUCAUAUUCUGGGUGCGUUUUGGCUUUGGUGAAAUGGGUAGAAAGGAGUAUUUGGUGUGUCAAAACAUGGUGCUGUACGGGUAUGUGCCUAUAAUGAAUCAUUUCACCCCUACAGAUGUUGAUUAUUUUGGAUUUGUUUUGUCAUGAUAUUAUCAGAGGGAUAUUGAAAACAUUUGUUUAGGUCCUA